CAAUCCGGCCAGGCUCUCCAAUCGCUUGUAGAGAUCAUCGCUUUACCCAGGCGGUUGUGUCGAUCUCGGCUCCAAUUGCAGACGGAGCCAAACCAUGGCGGAGAAGACUCAAAAGAGUGUGAAGAUUGCUCCUGGAGCAGUUGUCUGUGUCGAAAGUGAAAUCAGGGGUGAUGUAACUAUAGGACCUAGGACAGUGAUCCACCCUAAGGCACGAAUUAUUGCAGAAGACGGGCCCAUAGUGAUUGGCGAAGGUAACCUAAUAGAAGAACAGGCACUUAUCAUAAAUGCUCAUCCUGAUAAUAUCACCCCUGAUGCUGAAGAUCCAGAACCCAAACCUAUGAUCAUUGGCACCAAUAAUGUGUUUGAAGUUGGCUGUUAUUCCCAAGCCAUGAAAAUGGGAGAUAAUAAUGUUAUUGAAUCAAAAGCAUAUGUAGGCAGAAAUGUAAUAUUGACAAGCGGUUGCAUCAUUGGGGCUUGUUGCAACCUGAAUACAUUUGAAGUCAUCCCUGAGAAUACAGUGAUCUAUGGUGCAGACUGCCUUCGUCGGGUGCAGACUGAGCGACCACAGCCCCAGACACUACAGCUGGAUUUCCUGAUGAAAAUCUUGCCAAACUACCACCACCUAAAGAAGACUAUGAAAGGAAGCUCAACUCCAGUUAAGAACUAAGAACAAUGUAUGACGUCAAGAUAACAUUUGUCUUUGACCACUGUCUUUUGAAGGGGCCACAGUGUUUAUGCACUCUUAGCAGUUCACAGAAUAAUACAUGUUGACUUUAUUCUGUAAAAUUGAAUUAGGUAGAGAAGUAAUGGAUUGUCAUUGUAACUAUCCUCUAUAAUUUAUAUACAGUGUAUUAUUUUCCUAUAUUCUUUCUCCUGAUAAUUUUCAGAUUUAGUUUACUUUUCUUUUGUUAUUUAAAAUGUUGGCUACAAAUUUUAGUUAUAUAGAAGACUACCCAUGAUAAGAAAGGGCAUAUUGUUAUGUAUUUAUAUUCCAACAUAUACUAAACUAAAUAAAAAUGUUGAUGACAGUACUUUUAGUGAACAUACUUGAAUUGGUUUUUCUACUUGCAUUAACUUUCCCAAAAUAGCUCUUUUAAUUUUUAUUGUGUACUAGCUAUAGUAAAGCUAAUGUGUUUA